AUCAUAUUGAGGAUAUCGUUGCUGUCCAAUAAAAAAAAACCUAGUAUCUCUAUUUUUGGCCACUUUUAGUUUACUACAUAGUGUGAACACACAAACACUGUCCCUUACAAACACUGUCAUUUUUUUUUUAAUGGGCCAAUAGAAAUUCUCCAACUAUUUUACAUUGGCUUCCAUUGAAAGUUAAGAAGGUUUAUCUCUGCUGUAAAGUUGUAAAGCUGCUUUCAUUGGACAUUUUGUAUUAGCGUUUCUUCCUAAAAUCCCAGAGGUGCUCAAUCCAUCCACAUGGGGGCACAAUCUGCAUUACUUUAGAAAAGGCUCUUAUUUAGGCUCCUUAGCCCCUCUUAUUGUACCUGAAGCCCAGCUCAACAGCAGACCAGCAGCUUCUGGUGAGUUUAAUUACUGUUCUUUUAUCGUUCAGCUUUCUUAGUAAUACACAUGCAACAAAUAUAAGCAUAGUACUGCAACUGAACACAUAUUUAAUUUCAAAUAACUCAUUUAUUUUGUUAAAAAAGUAAAAAACUGAAACAUACUGCAUGCUCUGUCUCUCCACAGCCUUCUGCUCCAGUGACCUAGAGAAGACAAUGUUUCAUCACUUCUUGGUUCAUGCUGGUUUUCAGUCCAGCAGAUGGCUUCCCAGAGACCAGAGGAUGAAGUUUCAGAUUGUUCUGUUCAUCUUCGUGGUGCUUUGCCUCACACCACAGUUCUACAUUCUGACAAGGCCCAAAUCCACCCGAUACUGUGAAAAGCCACUUCUGGAUAAUCUCAUAGCCGUCAUUGUCUUCUCCUUCAUGGCUACAGGCUUAGUGGUGACGCUUACUCUCACUGACCCAGUGCCCAAGAGUAUUAAAGCAGCUUACCACACAUUCGGUGUGCUUUCAUUCACACAGGGACUUUGUACCAUCAUUCUGACCUACAGCGCUCCCCAGUGUGCAAACACCACACCAGAGCUGUAUCUCUUUUCUCUGGUAUUUUCAUGGGCUUGUAUCCUCUCUACAGUGUUCUUUGUGAUAAGAGGAUGUCUUUGGAUGAUCCACAAGACGUUUCCGAGCUGGUUUAGAGAUGCACACCUCUCGGCUGCUGCGUGAGCCACUCUUUAGUUCUCUGCUGUGUGAAAGCCCAUCUAUUAUUCAGACCCUCCCUGUGCCGAUGCCCGAGCCCCUGACUUCCUGUCAGUUGAGCCCAGUGAGAUCCUAUUACUGUGGGUAUUUCCUUACAGUCCAGGCUUUACAAAUAGAAGUGAGAGUGAAAUGCCAUUCACAGACACGCAGCCCCAGUUAAUCCAUUCAAUCCUGGAACAACUGGACUGACCAGAGGACUGCACUUCACAAUACCAUAUGGAAAGCAGAGACAUGAGCCUGAGGCCUGUGCUGUAUAGGUGCAGACACAAAAGCAGCUUUAAAGUUUCAUAUACUAAAAUAGCACAGCGAGGGUGAACACACAAUGCUCCUGUGUGUAAGGUAAAGGUAUUAAAUUACAGUGAAACAAGGCAUCACUCACUCUUAUGAACAUUUUAUUUCCAUGAUAAAUCUGUGAAAUAUCUGAACCGUGAUGCUCACAUACAAUAAAGGAAUGUAUUGGACAUUUAGAUGAAAUAAAAACAAAGUGACUGCAUGAAAUCAGACAGCCAUUCAAAAAUCAUACAAGCCAAAUAUGCAGGUUGUCAAACUCUAUUUAAGACUUGUUUUAAGAUUUUACUGAUCUCUGCAUACUACCAGUUUACAUAGGCUACGUUCACAUUACCAGGCUGAAGUGACUCAAAUCUGAUUUUUUAAGGCUGUGUGAAUGUUCCAAAUUAGAUUUUUUUCAAUUUGAGUCAUUUUUACAUGUAGUCCUAAAUUGAAUACGUAUCCAAUCCAUGGACAUGCGACAUUAAUGUGAACGGUCAAAUUGGAAUUCAUGUGUCUUUUUGCUUUUAUGCAUGCGCUACGUGCUUCUAUAGCUUAUAUCCACACAUCUCUUGGUGCAGCU